AUGAAAGAAGCGAUCGUUCACCCAGGUCCUCGCGUCGAGAUCAUCGACUCGCCCAUUCCGGAACCAGGCCCAGGUCAGGUAGUAAUCAAGACCAUCGUCUCCGGCUCCAACCCGAAGGACUGGAAAGUGCCCGAAUGGAUGGAAGAUCAGCCCUCAAUGAACCAAGGCGACGACAUAGCCGGCACCAUCCACGCCGUAGGCUCCAACGUCACCGAGUUCCGCAAAGGUGACCGUGUAGCAGCUUUCCACGAAAUGACCAAGCCCGGAGGCAGUUAUGCCGAGUAUAGUCUUGCGUGGGCACACACGACUUUCUUCAUUCCGGAGAAAACGAGUUUCGAGGAAGCUGCCGCCAUCCCGUUGGCUGCUAUGACUGCUGCGGUAGGAUUGUUUGCUGGUGACAGGCUUGGCCUGCCUCCAUCUUGGGCACCUGCCACCGAGCCUACGCCUUUGCUUGUUUACGGCGCGGCGUCCGCUGUGGGAGUAUAUGUGCUCCAGCUCGCGAAGAAGUCGAAUAUCCAUCCUCUUAUCUGCAUCGCUGGACGAGCACAGGAGUAUGUCGAGGGUUUUAUCGAUAGAUCGAAGGGCGAUACCAUCAUUGACUAUCGCAAAGGCGAUGAGGCGAUUGUGAAAGGCGUGCAGGAGGCAUUGGGUGGCAAGAAGCUGUACCAUGCCUACGAUGCCGUAGCUGAAAAAGGCUCACCGCAGAACAUCGGCAAGCUUCUCGCUUCUCCUGGUGGGCGAUCGACUUUCGUCCUGCCGCCACCAGGCAAGGGCUGGGAUGGGAAGUUUGAGGGUCUGGCGGACGAGGUGCAUCAGAGCAUGACUAUGGUCGGCAGCGUACAUGACAAUCAGAAGGAAUUGGGCUAUGUCUAUUUCCGGUACUUCACUCGUGGGCUGGAGGAAGGCUGGUUCAAGGGGCAGAGGACAGAGGUCGUGCCGAAGGGCCUGGAGGGUGUGCAGGGUGCGCUAGAGAAUCUGAAGGAGGGAAAGGCGAGUGCUGUCAAAUAUAUCUUCAGGAUUGCUGAUACGCCUGGUAUCGACGGCGGAAAGUAA